AUGACCGAAACAUGCUCGAAAGCCGACCUUGACGGACUUGAAAGCAGAUUAGAAGUCAUGCAGAGCCUGAUAAUUAGCGCAAACCGUAAUCUUGUUAUACCCAGGGCGCAUGAGGAGAAUUCCCAGAAGACUGGGUCAGUCCUGUUGUCUUUUCCAAUGGAUAUGCAAAUACCUGGCGGGAGGCACGACAACGACCUCGCAGAAACAUCUCGAAUUCAGAUUUUUCCUAUCCAUGGAGAGAUUGACAGCGGCAAUUCAGAAUAUCUACCCUCUACCAAUUUCCUACAGCCGCACUUUCUCGCCGACCCUUUGCAAAGAUACAUUGACUCAACAUUCCGACUCCUGCGCCAUGAUAUUUUCGGCUCAGCCAAAAAUGUCCUUAGAGAUCUGCUGCAGCAGAAUGAUUUGACACUAAGUGCUUAUCUUCGUCAUUUUGCAGGCAAGGCUCUGGGCUUUUUCAAACCUCAUGAUUAUCAGAUUAUCCCGUGGUGA